AUGUCUUCGAUCAUAUCACAAGAUAUAACUACUUGUACCACAAACAUUCCACCAAAUUCUACUACUAAUUCGCCUAGGGAUCGACAAAUCUUAGAUGCUUUAAACAAUGAUGAGCCUGAUUGGCUGCUCACUUCUCCAAAUAAUUCGACCUCUGGCUUAAAAAGAUUAAAUCAACCCUUAUUAUUUCAAAUAUUAAUGGUAGAAAAUAUUUCAAUGUCCAAAUUAUCAAUAAUAGAUACUAUUAAUUCAAAUAUAAAUCCAAAUUCAAUUAAAGUAGAUACUAUGAAAAAUAAAAAUAGAAAAUUAAUAAAUCAAAUCAAUGAUAAUGAUUCCAAUAUAAAUGACGAUCAAAUAAAUUCAAAUAAUAUUUCAUCUGCUAAUUCCACUUUUAAAUUAACUCUUCAAUCAAAAUCAGGUAACAUUUAUUUUGCAACAAAUUCUAUUCCAUUACCUUGGAUUAAUUGUCCCUUAGGCUCUAAAAUUAUUUUAAAUAAAAAUAUCAUUAUCAUUAAUGGUAACACUUUUUUAAUAAAAUCAAAUUCAGAUUUCACGUUCUUAGGAGGAAUUAUUAUUAAUUAUAAUGAAAACAAAGAUUUAAAACAAUUAAAUUAUUUAAAUUCAAAAUUACAAAGAUCUACAAAUACAAAUACAAAUACAAAUACAAAUACAAAUACAAAUACACAAUCCAGGAAAAGAAGACAAUCACAAACUGUGGAAUAA